UGACGUAGAGCGCAUGUCGUCCGCAGUGCACGCGAGGCCUGCUGCCAGUGGAAGAAAGCGCUUUCAAUAAGGUGAGGUCAUGUUAUCGACACCAGCAGCAGAAUAAGCGCUAUUAAUAAUCGAUAGAGCCUUCACCACAUCGUUUCUGACGACCCCGGCUAUUUAACUGACAUUUAGGAUACACGGAGCGUUUGUGUUUCAAUCGUAGCAGGUUUGUAACAGUCUGCUUUGUCUGGAUGCUUACACAUCGACUUCACCAUGAACAAAAAUAAGCGAGAGAAAGAAUUCUACAGUGUAGAUGUGGGGGAUUCGACAUUCACAGUGUUGAAGCGCUAUCAGAAUCUAAGACCCAUUGGCUCGGGUGCUCAGGGAAUAGUCUGCUCAGCGUAUGACAACAACCUUGAGCGAAACGUGGCUAUAAAGAAACUCAGCCGGCCUUUUCAAAAUCAAACUCAUGCCAAACGUGCGUACAGAGAGCUGGUGCUCAUGAAAUGUGUCAACCAUAAAAAUAUAAUAGGCCUCUUAAAUGUUUUUACACCGCAAAAAACAUUAGAAGAAUUCCAAGAUGUUUACCUAGUAAUGGAGCUGAUGGAUGCGAACCUCUGCCAAGUCAUUCAGAUGGAGCUGGACCACGAGCGGCUGUCCUAUCUGCUGUACCAGAUGCUGUGUGGAAUAAAACACCUCCACGCGGCGGGGAUCAUCCACAGGGACCUGAAACCCAGUAACAUCGUGGUAAAGUCAGACUGUACCCUGAAGAUCCUGGAUUUCGGUCUGGCGCGGACAGCAGCUACAGGUCUGCUGAUGACACCAUAUGUGGUGACCCGUUACUACAGAGCCCCUGAAGUCAUCCUGGGAAUGGGAUAUCAAGCCAAUGUGGAUGUGUGGUCUGUCGGCUGUAUCAUGGCUGAAAUGGUCAGAGGUAGUGUAUUAUUUCCGGGUUCAGAUCAUAUUGAUCAGUGGAAUAAAGUAAUAGAGCAGCUGGGAACGCCAACUCAGGAGUUCCUGUUGAAACUCAACCAGUCUGUGCGGACCUAUGUGGAGAACAGGCCCCGGUACACUGGAUAUAGCUUUGAGAAGCUGUUUCCUGAUGUCCUGUUCCCUGCUGAUUCAGAACACAGCAAACUAAAAGCGAGUCAGGCGCGGGACCUGCUGUCUAAAAUGCUGGUGAUUGAUGCAUCAAAACGAAUCUCGGUGGAUGAGGCUUUGCAGCACCCCUACAUUAACGUGUGGUACGACCCGGCUGAAGUGGAAGCGCCUUCUCCUCUGAUCACAGACAAACAGCUCGAUGAGAGGGAACACACAGUGGAAGAGUGGAAAGAACUGAUCUAUAAAGAAGUGCUGGAUUGGGAAGAACGGAUGAAGAACGGUGUUAUUCGAGGUCAGCCCUCCCCCCUAGGUGCAGCAGUGAUCAACGGCUCACCCCAGCCCUCAUCCUCAUCCUCCAUCAACGACGUGUCCUCCAUGUCCACAGAGCCCACCGUGGCCUCAGACACAGACAGCAGCUUAGAGGCCUCGGCGGGACCCCUGAGCUGCUGCAGAUGACUAUCACCCUCCCCUGGAGUCGCUCUCUGUGUGGCAUGGUAUCAGAUCUAGGCCAGUCUAAUACGUUCUUUCGGGUCUGGUUUGGCUUUAUUUUGAGUUGCACUCUAGAUGCUGUAAAUCACUAUACAGUUUGAUCUUUCUAGCAGCAGCAGCCCUAACAGACCGAUGAUAGUGAGCUCCUUAACAAAACAAACACUUCUUUUAUAAGCUACAUGUAGAGUAUUUUGUCAUGUCGUCGUAGAGUGAUUUUUGGAAGGUAAUCUGUAAAGAUUGAAUUGUGAAUAUAUUUUCUCAGAUUUAUUUA